AUGUUCAAAUCUCUAGCUCUCACCGCAGGCCUCCUGGCCAGCCAGGCCGCCGCCCACGGCUACCUCAGCACCGUCACCCUCGACGGGACAACCCACCAAGCCUACAACCCAGGCCAACCAACCUCCUCCGGCAUAGGAUGGAGCUUCACCGCCACAGACGAAGGUCCCGUCAAGGACAUCUACCACCCCGACCUGGUCUGUCGCCAAGACGCCCACCCCACCCACAACCACGGCCCCGUCUCCCGCGGCGGCACCGUCUCCUUCCACUGGACCUCCGACGACAAACAACUCAACCCUUACGGCUGGGCCCCCUCCCACAAAGGCCCCAUCAUGACCUACAUCGCCCCCUGUCCGCACGGGGACUGCGUCAACCUCGACAAGUCCGCCCUCCGCUGGACCAAAAUCGACCACAAGGGCCUCGUCGCCGGCCCGGCCUCCGACGCCGGCUACUGGGCCACCGACGCCCUCCGCGACAACGGCGGCGUCGACACCAUUUCCCUCCCCGCCUCCAUCGCCCCCGGUAACUACGUCCUCCGCCACGAGCUCGUCGCCCUCCACAAGGCCCACGAGUGGGAGCCUGAGUUCUACCCGCAGUGCGUCAACAUUCGCAUCACGGGCCAGCCGGGUGGAGACGACCUUGGCGCCUCCGGCGUGCCGGCGAGGGAGCUGUAUCGGCAUGGCGAUCCGGCGCUGUACGGUUUCGAUUUGCAUCGGGAGGGGGCCGAGGCGUAUUACAACGUCCCCGGUCCUUGGGUGUAUGGGCAGGGUCACUAG